UUCAACCGCCGCGGUGGUGCCGUCUACCAGGAGGUGAAGAUGCUGAGGAAGAAGGAGCCGGUGGAGCUGGACGGCAGCCAGAGCAACGCCAUCCUACUGGGGGAAGCCAACGGCAAGGAGCCCAUAGGGGAGCUUGUCCUUCCCGCUGGCGCCUUCCUUCGUCCCUCCGGGGAGGUCUUCAAGGGCACAGUCAAAGCCAGUGUCACCUUCCUAGACCCCAGGGACAUGGCGACAGCCAGCGCCGCCUCCAGUGACCUCAGCUUCGCCGACGCCGAGGGGGAGAUUGUCCCUCUGAGGACCUACGGCAUGUUCGCCGUGGAUUUUCGGGAAGGGGACAGCGGCGCGGCGCUGCAGACGGGGCCGGUGGAGGUGAGGAUGGACGCGGGGCAGGUCUGGAUGCCGGAGCACCUGCAGAAGAUGAAGUUGUGGUCCUUGAACCCUGAGACUGGCUUGUGGGAGGAGGAGGGGGUCCUCCGCCCGGCCGGGGGCAGCCGGGGGAAGAGGGAGGAGAGGACCUUCCUGGUGGGGAACCUGGAGAUCCGGGAGAGGCGUCUCUUCAACCUGGACGUGCCGGAGGAUCGCCGCUGCUUCGUCAAGGUCAGGGCUUACAGCAAUGAGAAGUUCAACCCCUAUGAGCAACUGGAAGGGGUGGUCAUCAGCCUCAUCAACCUGGAGCCCCAGCCCGGUUAUCCUGCCAACCCCCGGGCGUGGGGUCGCUUUGACAGCGUGGUGACGGGUCCCAACGGCGCCUGCCUGCCCGCCUUCUGCGACGGCCAACGUCCCGACGCCUACUCGGCGUAUGUCACUGCCACGCUGGGUGGGGAGGAGCUGGAAGCUGUGGCCUCCAGUCCUAAACUCAACCCUAAUGCCAUUGGGGUGUCCCAACCCUACCUGGGCAAGUUGGGCUACCGCCGGUUGGACCAUGAUGACCCCAACUUGAAGAAGACGGCUUUCCAAAUCAAUGUGGCCAAGCCUGACCCCAACAACGUUGACGAGACCAAUGGUCCCAUCUACCCUUACCGCAGCCUGGAGGAGUGUGAGAAUGCGCCGGUCAGCGCCAACCACCUCCGCUUCUACCGCGUGGAGGUGGACAAGUAUGAGUACAACGUGGUGCCCUUCAAGGAGAGCGACUUGACCUCCUGGACCGGUGACUACCUCUCAUGGUGGCCCAACCCUCAGGAGUUCAGGGCUUGUUUCAUCAAGGUGCAGAUCGAGGGGCCGCAGGAA